AUGAUGAGUAUUAUUACAAUACCAGGUCGUUUCGACUUGGUCAAUUCCAAGUUUGAGUUCAUCGACCGUGAUCAGUUGACAAAGAACAUUGACGAGUCAAAGAAACAACAGUUGACAACUUAUCAUAUACUAGACAUCUCUGGCAACUUCAUAAAUCGUAUUGAUUUAGACUCGAUAACAUAUUACUUCCCUCACAUCUCUGAGCUAUACCUUAUAAACAAUGAGCUGAAGGACAUACCAGCCGAGAUCAACAGGCUGAUACACCUCAAGAAGCUAUAUCUUUCAAAGAACAAGUUGACAAGUAUAACCAACAUCGAUCAGUUGGUCAACUUGGAACUGCUUGACUUGCGAGCCAAUCGAAUAACUAACUGCAAUGGAAUGUCAACUAACAUCAAGUUGAACUAUCUAUCACUAUCCAACAACCUUAUAACAGAUCUUACAACGAUGCCAUCACUGGAAGGUUUAGAGUCAUUGUUCUUAUUCUCCAACAAGUUGGACAAUCUGGAGGAAACAUUCUCAAUCUUGAAACAGCGCACGCCAGCUCUAAAGAAACUACUGCUCGAGUGCAAUCCAGCGACGCCACUUAAUCGAUCACCACAACAGAAUCAACUAUAUCGCCAGCUUGCCAAAGAGAAGUUGGCGCAGCUGGUAACGCUGGAUUGGAAGCCAGCAGCCGUCAAGCAA